CACUACACCCAGACUUUAUUUAUUACUCAUUGGGUGACUUUUGAAGGCACAGAGUUUCAUUUGGGGGUAUCAGGAAAAAAAAAAAAAAGAAAAAACUAUGCAACCGUUUUCCGGAUUUAUUGUAGAGACGUUUAGCGUGCUGCUCCUUCUCGGAACUCCUCCUGAAGUGUGUUCCAAGUAUCCAGAGACUGCCAUCCGUUUGGGGCCUUGAGUCUGUCAGGAGUCUAAACGAGCAGCUGAGAAAACAGUCAACAACAGAUCCAGAGUGUUUAAAAUUGAUGCAGCAACGACCACCGUUCAGUCUGGGGGUUUCGGCUCAGUCCUGCACAACACACACAAACACGCGGGCGCGCGCGUUAGAUCCUUGGAAUAUGCACGGGGUCCAUCCCGUACCGCGCUCGUGCGUGCGGAAGCCAACGCGCUCUACAUUUAUCCAGAUCGAGAGUAUAAACAGUGAAGGACAGAUGUCUGCUGGCAGAUUCUUGAACAGAAACGCUCCCUGACUGGCCCGUGUGACAGCUGCCCCCUACACCUCUUCCCCCACCCCCGCUCCCAGCAGCAGGAACAAAAAGACAUCUGAGACAUGUGGAUGGGGAGGAAAAUUGAGAGCACUUUGUGAGGCCGCCACCACGCUCCAGUUUCAUAAGGUCUCUGUCUGUCAGGCGAGGCGCGCUGUUUUUACGCAUCGCAUCCAUUCCUCUCUGUAGCCGCACCGAGCUCUGCUGGGAGAAGACAGAGCGGAGGAGCUGUCUGUGGAUUCACACCAGUUCAGAACUUUUGUGUGUGUGUGUGUGUGUGUGUGUGUGCUAAUUUAUUCAUGUGUUUAAUUAUAGAUGCGUGUCUUUCUACUCGCGUUCUUGGAGAUGAGGGAAAAGAACUGCGUAAAAGGCGCGAUAUGGGCAGAUCUCGGAGAAUAUUUUUUACAACCCUUUCAACUUCCCAGCUCAGAUCGCCACCUGAUGCGUGAACAGGAGAAACGGCGGACUUCAGAGUGAUCCUGGCACGGCGGCACUCCGUACUCGGACACCCAGAAACCGAUCCGAACUCUUCUCCAGACAGACACGCGGGGGCCAUUAUUUGCGCAGUGUUGUUAUUUACUCAUUAAGCUCUGUUAGAGGCAAGACUGAACAGGUUGCUGGAAGUAAAGAAAGAGGGAGCCUCGCCUGAAAAACUGGCUUCAGUUCAUCAAGCGAUGGUGAGACGUGAGUCACCGGAGCGGCACAAGUAGAUUGGGGGUAAACAGUUUUUUUCCUCUUCUGGCUGUUUGUCUGUCUGUCCUCCUACCUCCAGGUCCACCUCGCGCUCUGCUGGAUUGUUUACGCCGCCGCAAACAAACUCUGGAAAACUGAACUUUAUUGGAUAUAAACUUGGAUAAUCGUCCAAAAUUCCCAUCUUUGCGAUUCUAUUUCCUCCUGAAAUGCAACUUGAAAUUUACAUUUUAAAAAAAGUGGAAAAAAAACACAGUGAAAGUUUCAGUAAUGAUAUACAAUUAGUUUCUCUGGCUCUGUGUUCACUAUCUACUCUCCCUUUCUCUCUCUCUCAGGGUGCUGAAACUCAACAGGCCAAAGAGGGGAAAACCGCAUUCUGGCCGCGCGCACCAAGGCGCGAGGAGGAGGCGCCUCUUCGGCUUUCUCCAUGGAUUCUUCCAGCCCGCUUCUGCCUCAGAUGAGAAAUGCUCUGCCGUGGACAGUAGCGAGCCGUGACGCCACGCUGUGAAAACAUGACGCACCGCAGCGCGCGGAGAGCCGCAGCAGGCGCGAGCGGCUCUGUUCCUGCGCACCGGGAGCGGAUUUCCCACGGGACAGCUGGUGGGACCAGAUGGAGGGUUUGGAGGAAGGAUAGACACAUUUCUUCUGUCAUGUCAGCAAAGGCCAAGGUCCUUCUGUGGGUGCUCAUCUCCUUGCUGCCUCUGGUGGAAGGAGCUCACAUGAGAGCUGCUGCUGCUGGUGGUGGACUGGGAUCAGACCUGAACCAUGCUGCAGGCCUUCUGGAGGCUCCGGAGGGGAGAGACUUUCCUGUCACGCUGCCAGAGGUGGUGGAGGACAAGGAGCAGGAGGAGGACAGCGAGCCUUACCCCACAUGGCACGCUCUAUACGAGCCCUUUGUAGUGGACGAGCUGGAUGACCAUCCCAGCGUCCGCUGGUCGGGGCGCUCCCCACGCUCCUCCGACCCCACAGCACCUCAGCCGAAGGGGUCACAAAAGAAGAAGAAGAGACGAAGGAAGAAAGGAGAGGACGAAGGAGAGGAGGCGGGGAACGUGGACAGAAGGGGGAAAGGUAAAAGCCGGCCCCCAAAGCAGAGCAGCAGGGACUGCCGGGUGGAGAAGAAAGAGAUGAAGGUUAGGGACCUCGGACUGGGCUUCGAUUCAGACGAGAUCGUCCUCUUUAAGUUUUGCGUGGGCUCCUGCCAGAGCUCCAGGAUAAACUAUGAUCUGGCGCUGAAUGCGCUGCUGGAAAACGGCUCCCUUCCGCGCCGCGUCGCCCGGAAGGUGAGCAGGAACCCCUGCUGCCGGCCAGACCGCUACGAGCCGGUUUCCUUCAUGGACACCUCCACCACCUGGAGGACCAUAGAGUCGCUCUCAGCUGCCAGCUGCAUGUGCAUCGGCUGAACGGACGCUCAGCGUUGUGUGCAAAAAAAAGAAGACCAGAGGGAGGCGCUGUAGCACAUGGGAAGUUACAGAGCCGAGUGUUGGGCACAGCUGGACGAAAAAGGGCUUAAAUCAGAGACUAAUGUGGAGCAGCAGCAGAGAACAAUAGACUGUUUUCACAUCCAUGUCGGACACGGGAUUCAGGAACCUGCGGGCCCCAGAACUCCUCCGAAGAAAAAACCAACCAAAAUCAAAAACUCCUAUCUAAACGUGUUUUGACUUUUUGUUGGAAGAGACCUGAGAUAAAAGAACAAAAAAGCCUAGUUAAAGGACUGACACUGUGUUUAUACUGUAACUUUAACUAAACGCUUACUGCAAACAGUGAAACCAGCACCUCCCAAAAAACCCCAACAGUCUUUUUCUUCCCCUAAAACCCUGCGUCCGCCCCUCACCCCACCCCACACACACAAACAGAGACCUCACAUUGUAUCUUUUUCUAUACGUUCAGGUGAACUCAGCCUAAUGGAUGCCAUGCAUCUUCAUGUAUUACUGUGUAAGAGUAAAAUAUAUUUAUUACAGAUAAAUUAUUUAUUUAUUAUGGCUUCAUAUGAGAGCUGUUUUAUAUGGACUUUAUAAUGUAGAUACAAAUAUAUCUAUUUAUUGCCAAGAUUCACAUUUCACCCUCGCAGCUGCUUUUUGUUGACUCCGUCUCAGUGAUUCAUUUCCACAUUUUUCCAAAUGCAGGAACACAAACCAGACAGUUACCGUAACUAUAGUUACUGUCUCUCUCACACCGUUCAACCCAACCAGCAGAACGUAAAUUAUCCUCCAUACUGUCGUAAUGAUCCUGAUUUAUUUUGGUUUACCUCAACGUCUCCUCUCAGUCUUGAUUCUAACAUGUCGACAUGGGCCAGUAGAAAACUCUCAUAACAUGAAGUAACAACAGCACAGCUCCACGGUAUUAACACAAACUUUUAAACAUGACAUGAUCUGUUCCCCUUUAACAGAAAAGCUGCAGGUAUUUCUGCGGCUGCUGAAAUGACAACCUCCUAAUUAUUUGUGCAAAAUAUUUAUUAUUGUUAAAAAUCCAGAAUGAACUGGUAAUGUUAGAGCCAGAAUAUUGGACAUUUUUCUGGUCUCCUCCUUACAGAGUAAAGCAAAUUCAAGAAGCUGGUUUUAGUUGGUUAGUUAACCAGGCUUCCUGCGGCAUGCGUGUUAAACAACCAGCGGUUGUUUAACACGCAUGCCACUAGUAGCUUGUCAGCCGUACUUAAAAACAGCAUUACUUUGAAAGGAGUGCUGGGUGGUUCUUCUAGUUUCUACACCACGACUGCAGCUGGGUUUGUCUUCUGUGUGAGCCAGGAAGCUUUGUGGGUGUAGAAGAGUUCUUUCAGCCAGCUGACCAGCAGUCACUGCUGGAUCUGGAAAGCUGCGGAACCCUGGGCGAGAGCCAGGUGCAAAACCCCAAUGUUUUUUUUAUUCAUGCAAAUUACCAUAGAUGGAUAGUGUGGUAAGCACUACAUUUAUUAUCGUUGGCUGUUGUCAUCAUUCUCGUUUUCUAAAACAAACUUAGCAUUUGUUUGUUUUCACAAAUCCGGGCUUGUUGCAGCGAAGAGGUGUGGGUAUGAGAUGAUCACGUCCUUCAAACUAUUGAGUUUGCUUUUCUUUGAAAGGAGACGUUGCACAAGUCCUGAAUACCUGAAUGUUUCACUUCUACAUAUAGACGCCUUGACAACUGAAAACACCUCACAAUUUUCUGGGGGUGCCAGAAAAUUUUAAAUUACGUAACAAAACCUUCAACUGUCUUUCAUGCAUUGCAGUGGUUCCAUAAUUCAUAUGACGCUUGCUGUUACCCAUCAUUAUUAUUAUUAUUAUUAUUAUUAUUAUUAUUAUUAUUAUUAUUAUGAAAUGUUCUAUUUUUUCUAUGGCAUUAUCCUCCUAGGGAAUAAAGUUUUCAAAAUCUAAAUAGUUUCAUCAUUGUACUGCUCAGACAUCUGUGGUCAGUUUUCUCGACUGAAACAUUUUUGGAAAAUGUUUCCAAAAAUGUUGCUGCUUUCUGGAGUGAGGUUGCAACACCACCUGGUGGCCGAAGCUCAAAAGUACCGAUUUAACCUGGGAGGUUUGCGUCGUAGCUCGCACCUCUGAACACAAACAAACCCAAAUGACAACAAUCAGCCUUAAUGUUUUAUUCAUUUAUUUAUUUUUCCUCACGACCAACAGAUCCAACAUAAAUCUCUGAAAGUGUCUGACAAGUAAGGCAUUUUUUGUGUGUGUGAGUGCAUAAAUCUUAAAAAUGAAAAUAUGCAAUAUGAACACCUACCAAAUGCACAAUGUUUACAUUAAUUCUCCACACAUUACAAAUAAAGCAGUGCUUGAAAUGAGAGCAUACAGAUCAACAGCAACACAUGAUGGAUGAACAUCACAGUAGAUGGCACUAACAUUUCCACUUUGAGCAUUAAUCUCUGAGGAUCAUACACAACUUGUACCCAUGGGGUAGAUUAAUAUAAUAUUUCUGCGCCAGUGCUUAGAAGAAAAAAAAAAACAUUCCUAGUCACAGAUCCAUUCUACAGCAGAUAUUUUUUCCUGGAAAGAUUUCCAUCACUGGCCAAAGUGGAAAACGUGUUCUGUUCUGCUCUUCACUCCACAGCUUUAUAAUUCUCCAGUUCCACUAUGCACAGCUUCAGACCUUACAUUCUACUACCUCACUUUGUCUUGUGCUUUAAUUUUGGGAGCUAUGAAGACAUCUGGCAGAUGCUUGUAGAACAUUUUCCCAAAUCCAGUUUUAGACUAAAGAGCAGCAUGUGAGUCAGCACCACCACUGCUGGUUAGACUCACGAUUAGUGGCUAAAUGCAGGAUUUCCCAUCAUCCUGACCAGGCCUUGCUCAUUGCAUGAGGUGGUACGGUGUUUUUAAGAUGUUCAACAAAAUGUCCCACAUUUUGGUUGGACACGUUGCUGUGAUUGGGCUGAAAACACA